AAAACACAUACUGAAACAAAAAACAAAAAAAAACCAUCUGACAAAGAGAAAGACAAAGCUCAUGACAUCUCAUUCUGGCAUAAAAAAAUAAACCAAAAACGAAAGCAAAAAUGAAAGUUAGUUACACAGUGUGCUCUUUUUCGCCAUUUCAGUUCAUUGUGCUUCAACUGGACGUGAACGCGGAGAUGACCAUGAACUUUUCCGGAAUCCCUCAACUCACCGACUACACAUUUGCGCUGAUGGCAGAGCUACGGAAGACAGAGAAAGUCCGCCUAAAUUCUGUGAGGAGGAUCGUUCUGGACGGAUGUCACCUCAUCACGGACGCUGCACUUCGCUGGAUGUCCCAGACGUUCCCAAGUUUGGAAGGGGUUAGUUUGGCGGGGUGCUACAAGAUUACAGAAGCUGGACUUGUGGCCUUGAGUAAAGGUUGCCCCAAACUGAUUUCUAACGACCUGAGCAGCACAAAUGUGAUGCUGCUACCCAGGAGUUGGUUGCCAGGCGACGGGAUGAAGAUGACGUGCUGUCCGGUUCUCUAUCCUGUGGAAGGAGACGAGAGGAAGAAACUGAAAGCGGAACCCGUCAAGGCAGAGUCCAGUGACCUUGUCCAGGUGUGUAUUCUGCGCAAGCCAAGCCACACCUGCAGUCUUCUGCACGCCAUCAGAGACGAGAAACAGACACCGUCGCCCUCGCAGCUCGCUGUGGAGCACAACGUCGCACUGACCUCUGACCUCAAGGCCGCGGUGCUGGAAGCUCCACAGUCUCUGUUUAAGUUGCUGGUGACAGAUCGCACCGUGGUCGUCCUCCCCUCUGAGCUUAAGGACAAGAGCAAAAUCCACGAAGAGGCGGCCACUGCAGCCGGGCUCAUUAUCGAGGUUCUUGGUGAGCACCCACACACCCAGUUUGUUCUCGCAGGAUGCAGCACCGAUGCUGCAGGCAUUGUUCCCACCGACCUGGUCCGAGCUGAGCUGGAGCAAUAUCUGAAGAAACUGGCCACCCUCAUCAACGAGACGAAUUAUCCUCUUGUGUAAGUGUAAAGAUGAGAUGGGGUGAGAUGAGGCGAGGCGAGGUGAGGCGAGGUGAGGCGAGGUGAGCCUAGAUGAGAUGUUGUCAGAUGAGACAAGAUAGGAAUAAUCUUUAUUGUCCAGCCACUGUCAUACUGGUUUGGUG